UGAGAGUUACCUCCCUUGCGUUGUCAAGCAACGGUGUGUCAAUAAAAAUCUAGGAAGCUUGACGAUCAAUUUUGGUGUAAUUUGAUAAAGAAAACACUGUAAAAUGUCAGAUAAAAAGGAGGAGGGAGGGAAGGAGAAGGCCUCCAUUGAAGACAGUGCAUUUGAGGCACUUGAAAAAGAUUUUCAAGAUGUACUUAGUGAGCUGAUGGGAGACAGGAGUUUGGAAAGGUUCCGAGUAGAGUACGAAAAACUGCACAAGGCUUUGAAGAAAUCUCAUGAGAGUGAGAAGAGACUGAUGCAGAAAUGUCGGGAACUGAAUGCAGAAAUUGUUGCAAACUCGGCGAAGGUGUCAACAGCAUUGAAAUUGUCACAGGAAGACCAAGCUACUAUUGCUUCUUUGAAAAAGGAAAUUGAAAAAGCUUGGAAGAUGGUUGAUGCAGCCCAUGAAAAAGAAACUCGAGCCCGAGAAACCAUCCAGUCACUUAAGCUUGAGAUCGCAAACCUUAGUAAAUUGGUAGAACAGGGAGCUGGUCUCACAAUGGGACAAGAGCACAGUGUGAAUGAGUUACUGAAGAUCAAGGAAGACCUGACAAAGGAGAGAGAUGAGAGUCUUCAGGAAAUUGUAAAAUUACGAGAGCAGCUAGCUCAGUCAAACUCAACCCAGCAACAUCUUGAAGAACAAAAGAAUGAGGCAGAGGAAAAAAUACAAGAAUUAACACAAGACAUCCAAAUGCGUAACAAUGAGGCCCAGCGUGAGGCUCGUAAACGUGACAAGAUGGAACGCGAGAUGAAGCAGACAAAAGCUGACCUUGAUGCCAAGAGUUCAGAGAUUAAGACCAUGCAGACCCAGAUAGGGAGGUAUAAGGAAGAUAUCGCAAAACUUGAGCAACAACUCAAGGAGCAAAGGAUUCUGAAUGAAAGGGCAAUCAAGGAUGCAGACAUCUUGAACACCCGCUUCCAGAAGUUACAGAGUGACUUUGAGAACCAGCUGAUCUCCACGGACACUCUAGCACAGGAGAACCAGGCCAGGGUCUCCGAACUCAAGGUGAAAGAAGAUGAAGUGAGCCAACUGAAGAAUGAGACGCAGCGUCUCAACAAAACAAGGGAGACAAUUCAGCGUAAACUGCGACAGAUCGAGGAUAACAAAGCCGAACUGGAAUUCCAGCGUGAAACAUACAAAGGACAGAUCCUUGGUCUCGAGAGAGAGCUUGAAGCAUCAAAGAAGCAAGCCGAGGCAGAUAAGAAGCAGAUUGAUGGAUUGGUGCGUGAACGUGACCUCCUGCACAAGGAGAUGUUGAAGGCCGUGAGCGCGACCACCAAACAGCUGAGUCUCGUCAAGUUGCACGAGCAGAGCAAGAAGAAUCUGGAGCAGGAGAUUCAGAACUACAAGGAGGAGGCCCAGAAACAGAGGAAGAUCAUCUACCAGCUGGAGAAAGAGAGAGAUAGAUACAUCAAUGAAGCUAGUGACCUCACACAGAAGGUUCUUCAACAUAUGGAGGAUGUAAAAGUCCGUGAGAUGCAGAUUUUCGACUUCAAGAAGAAGAUUGCCGAAUCGGAGACCAAGUUGAAACAGCAGCAGAACUUGUAUGAGGCUGUCAGGAGUGAUCGUAAUCUCUACAGUAAAAACUUGAUUGAAUCUCAGGAUGAGAUAACUGAGAUGAAGCGUAAGUUGAAGAUCAUGAACCAUCAGAUAGAUCAGCUGAAAGAAGAAAUUCAGGCGAAGGAAGCUGCCCUCGUCAAGGAACAUCUGGAACAUCAGAGAGUAGAGAAGGAGAAAGAGACACUGAAGGCAGAACUUCAGAAGAUGAAACAGUUGGCAGCUGAGAACAAAGCAUAUAUCGAGGCCCAGGAAGCUGAAGAAAGAAAAUUACUGAAGAUUAUCUCAGAAGCUGAUGCUGAAAGAGUCAGACAGAAGAAAGAACUUGACCAGGUGAUAAGUGAACGUGACAUCCUUGGUACCCAGCUUGUACGUAGAAACGAUGAGUUAGCUCUCCUAUAUGAGAAGAUAAAGAUUCAGCAGUCGACACUGAACAAGGGAGAAAUCCAGUACAACCAGAGACUAGAGGAUAUCCGAGUACUCAAACUUGAGAUCAAGAAACUCCGCCGAGAGAAGGGUAUCCUACAGAAGAGUGUUGCUAAUGUUGAGGAUCUGAGACGUGAAGUAUACCACAUCCAGAGGGAGCUGCUGAGAGAGAGAACGAGAUGUAAGGCCCUGGAAGAGGAACUUGAGAACCCAAUGAAUAUUCACAGGUGGCGAAAACUUGAGGGCAGUGACCCGAGCCAGUUUGAGAACAUCCAGAAGAUUCACACGCUGCAGAAGAGACUUAUUGCCAAGACAGAGGAAGUGGUUGAGAAAGAAUUGCUCAUUCAGGAGAAGGAGAAACUGUACCUAGAGCUCAAACAUAUCCUGGCACGCCAGCCUGGUCCCGAGGUUGCAGAACAACUUUCUAUAUACCAACAAACAUUGAAAGAGAAGACUAAACAAAUGAAGUCGAUGGCGUCAGAAUUAAACAUGUACGAGUCACAAGUGAAUGAAUAUAAAUAUGAGAUAGAGAGAAUAGCUAGAGAAUUACAGGAAGUGAAGAAGAAGUACUUCAUGCAGAAAAAGAAAGAACAACAAACAAAAGAGCGGGAGAGGGCGCUAGUACAGGCUGGAGCACCCGUUAUACAGCCACAGAGAACAGACGGUCCGCGGUUCACUGGAGGAGGGUUCAACUUGAAAACAACAAAAACUGCUGCAUAGCAUCUCUAUGACAAUUUAAAUACAACUAUUAUUGAUAAUGUUUGAACAUUUUACAGACUUGUUAUGAAAAAUCUCCUGUUACUGAAAAAUAUCUUUUUUUUAAAUUUGAAAUGACAUUAUUUGUGAAUAAACCUACUUUUGUCAUAGGAACUUUUAUUGUACUUAGCCAAUGUGAAAAUAAAUAAAAUUAAUAAAGUCUGAAAAGUAGAUCCCCGGGAAGCACAGAGAACAAGGCAUACAGUGAAAAUUGCAGACUCUGUUUGAUUGAGUCUUAUAAGUUUAAUUAAUUAUAAAAAUAAAUAAAAUUUCUAAAAAGGUCAACACAGGAUAUAAGAUUAUAACCAUUAUUUUACAGUUUACUUUACCUAUAGUUAGGCACAAUGCCUUUUUAAAGAUAUCUGAUGACCUUUAACAUCAUUGUUUUCCUGUAACCAUAUAAUAUGUAUUAAUUUAUUUUGGAACAUUCUUCAUAGUAAGGAAUACUUACUAUUUAUCCUUUAGCCUGCCGGCGGAAAAUGAUUCUGCCUUUGUAAACAGUACUGACCAAGAUCAGCCUGCCUGUAUGUCCAUGCGGGGCUGAUCUUGGCCUGCACUGUUCGCUGUUCAGUCAGUAAGUUUUCAGUAUAAUAAUUGAAUGAUAGACCAGUCCAUUUUAGAAAUUCAGCAGGGAAAAGGUUAAAAGAGUACUUAUGUUCACAUCGCAAUAUAGUCGAGGGUAAAAUCUGUAAAAAAAAUCAACCCUUACAACUCACUGAGAGUAAUGAUUGAUACCUAUUUUGUAAAACUUUUUUUAUUCAGUUGAAUUGAAACCAUCCAACUGCAUAUUGUUGCCUAUGAUUGAAAAAAAAAUAUAAAGUUGCAUACAUUUUAUGAAAAGCUUCUAGAAACACAUCUUUUGUACUGUGUUAAGCUGCUUGUCUAGUAAUCCUAGCUAAAUAUACAAUACAAUGUAUUUAUGCAUUUCUGUUAUUUAAUUUUACAUCUUUUUCUAUAUAUUGUUGCAUUUGAAAAAUUUCUUGCAAAUAAAAAAACAAAAUAACAA